AUGGUCGAUUUAUACAAAGAAGCAUGGAAAGGAAAAAAUAAACCAAUUAAAAUUGAUGAUCCAAAAUUAGUCGGCAAAUAUGACUUGAAAGAAUCGAAUGGUGAAAUUCAAAGAAAUAGAUUUAUAACAUCACAACCAAUUGAAUUUGUCGAUGUCAAUGGUCAUGUUCAAUUUAAUAAAAGAAAAUUGAAUGAAUUACCACAAUUUUUAAGUAAAUUAGCGCCCAGUUUAUCAAUGCCGAUUGCUAUCGAUGAAAUAUUUUUCAAUUAUUCAUUUAUGCGUAAUGUUUCGAUGAAUUUUUCUCAAAAAAACCAAAAGGAUAAAAUAUAG